UUCCUCUCAUAGUUUCGGGACACCUCUUUAGCCUACGUCAGAUCUGGUUAAAGUGGAUAAAAGCAGACGGGGACUCUCAAAGACAGAGAGAGCAAAAACUCAUCAUCUCAGGGCUGCUGUGUUAUCAAGAAGACUGUUUUAUUCACUCGGGAUAGAUUGCUUCAGCUUAAGAAGAUGUGGAAAGUCUUUGUUGUUGAGAUCUUCUGCAUUACACUGGUGUCGGCCGCAUGUCCAAAUGACUGCCGGUGUCCCCUUAAAGUCCCAACAUGUGCAGCUGGAGUCAGCCUCAUGCUGGACAGCUGUGGAUGCUGUAAGGUUUGUGCCCGACAGCUCUUUGAAGACUGCAGCAAGACACAUCCAUGUGACGCUACGAAGGGACUGGAGUGCAACUUUGGACGUGGAUAUGGGUUGGAUAAGGGCGUCUGUCGAGCCCAAUUAAAUGGGAGAACAUGCGAGUACAACAGCAAGAUUUACCAGAACGGGGAAACCUUCCAUCCAAACUGCAAACACCAGUGUACUUGCAUUGAUGGUGCAGUCGGAUGUAUCUCCCUGUGCCCGCAUGAAUUCUCGCUGCCCGUGUCGGGCUGUGCCAAACCGAGGAGAAUCAAGGCAGCAGGACACUGCUGUGAACAACUAGUCUGCCCUGGGGAAACAAAGAUAAAAAAGCACAGAAGAAAGUACAGCAAAGUCAAAACCACUGAAGAUGACCUCUUCAAAAAGAAUGAGUUCAUAUCUGUGUGGGAAGGAGAUUCAAAGUCUCUACCUGCUUUCAGGAGUCAUUCAGUGAACCACAUGUUUGCCAGAGGAGUCCAGUGCGCACCUCAAACCACAGCCUGGUCGCCCUGCUCCAAAUCCUGUGGUGCUGGAGUGUCCACCAGGGUGACCAACCGCAAUACCCACUGCAAGCUGGUGAAAGAAACUCGAAUCUGUGAAAUCCGUCCAUGCAAACAGUUGACCUCGAAGAAAGGUCAAAAAUGCAACCACAGAGGAAAAACCAGCCAUCCGAUUCAACUGUCCUAUGCAGGUUGCCAAAGCCUGAGGAGGUUCCAGCCCAGGUACUGCGGGCCCUGCUCAGAAGGGCAAUACUGCAGGCCUCACAGGACCCAGACGCUACCUGUCCGGUUUCAGUGCAAAAAUGGGGAGACCUUCAGGAGGAUGGUGAUGAUGAUCAAGUCUUGCAAGUGUAAUCUUGAUAAAAAAAAAGACAUCUGAGCUCUACAAACCUUUCAAUGAUCUCCACAAACUGAAAAUUUAACAGAAGGGCUUUAGGAUUUAAGUGGAAGAAAGACUGAAGAGUCGUGAAGUGAAGCUGCAAGUGUCACUUUGGUGAACUACAUUGUCCAUGAUUUUGCUUCAUACAAUUGGAGCACUGUGAUUUGCUUCACUGUGAAGCUGCAUUAAUGUUGUUAAAGUUGUGUGUGUGUGUUCUUUUAAUGAAAUGUAAUUUUCCUGUUAAACUGUUGUUUUCCAACUCUCAUUCUUUCUACAUACUUAAUAUUUAAGCCUCUAAUGAUAAAACGUGACAUCACAGUGUAGAAAUGUGCAGUGCAGCUACUAAAUGUGUCAUCAUGCAGUAGUUUGCAAUGUUUCUUUUGAUUUACUGCACUCAUGUUAUUUAAGAGGAUUUAUCUUUCAUACUUUGUUUAAUGUAAAGUUAACCUUAAGCAUGGAAAACUGUACAAACCUUUGGUUUACUAUCCUGCUCUCUAUACUUGGUUGUCAAUGCAAAACAGUGAAAUAUGAUUGAAGGCUGGACACGCACUGUGAUCGCCAAGCUGUUAAUUUUAUGGUUAACAUAUAA